GUGCAAUACGUGCUUUACAUCUUGGAGGAAAUGGAGGCGACGUCUGCUCUAGUGCACCUGCAGGAGCGUCUUUCAAGGCAAUGCAAUGCAGGGAGGGUGACAGCCUAUGACGGAUGAUGCAUUGCACCUGUUUCCUUCAGCUUGGCGCCGCUUGAACCUGCAACAAAUUCAGCAAGAGUGGUGUAGACACAGACUUCAUCCAUCUGUUUCUGUGACCUGUCCAACCAUACACAUGCAGCUGAAACAGCAAUGACACACAGUCUUCUGCUGCUCUGCCUUGUGUGUCAUUAUUGAGGACUACUAGAAAUUAUACCUCUAUUGGGAACGUAGUAAGCCGCUUCCUUGAUUGCCUCUUAUGUAUGGCCAGUAGUCCCCGCUCACGAUGCUUUGCUCUUGACCACGACAGGCAUUGAACUGAACAUGAACGCCAACUUUGAGUAGGAGCGCACAACUGCAAUCGAAGCUUUCUUGAGGCUGAUACUUUCCGUGUGUACUACUGGUGGCAGUUCCCCCCCUUUCUUGUUUCUAUGGCGCCUGAGGCUGUCACUCCUGAGCUCACCCUUCAGCCAGCUGCGCAGAAUGUAAGCACUCCCGAUACUGAAACUGAACAGCCACAGAGACGUGACAGCUCAAAGCUAGCCGCCCCUGCCAGCCGGCGGGGAUCAAGAAGCCGCAGGUCAUCCUGGAAACCACGCGCUCUCCAGAAUAUUCAUCAUGUGGGGCUGGUCCACUAUCACAGUGUCAAGCGUUCGCUCGCCAACCUGCGCGCAGCAGAAGCGCCGGACAGCAAGGCCGGCUUCUCCCUCAACUGGACCGUCAAGCAGUAUGUGAGAAAGUGGACGGGGGCCAACGAGGGUCUCUUUCCCCCCCGGCCAACUCUGAGGGUUUUAUUCUGGUCCUGGAUAGCUGCAUUCUGUGGCAUCGCUCUGUUGGCAGUGCUCACAUACAAUGUCCCCUGGUACGCCCCAACAGAUGAGAUCCUGCAUGAGAAGAUUCACACACACCUAGUUUUCAUAAUCGGCUCCUUCGGGGCGUCGGCGGUUCUGGUGUUUGGAGCAAUCGACUCGCCGCUCGCGCAGCCGAGAAACCUAGUGGGGGGGCACGUUCUGUCGGCUUGCGUUGGCAUUGCAGUUGCUGAAGCUUUUGACGCCGGGGGCCUGGCAUACCCGGGCCAUAGCAACAAGUAUGUUUGGGUACAGGCAGGCAUGGCAGUCGCAACUGCAGUCGUGUUGAUGCAAUUUACACGCACGGUACACCCCCCAGGAGGCGCGACCGCUCUGAUCGCUGUUACGUCUCCCCCUGCGCUGCGGCUCAAGGGUUUAUUCAUCGUCAUUCCCGUCCUGGCGGGGGCGCUGCUUCUGCUCUUGGUGGCUCUGAUCAUCAACAACAUUCAGCGUCAUUACCCCCUCUACUGGUGGUCCCCCGACGUUCUCGACGUCCCCAUGGAAGACCUGACGCACCACACCGGCAGCGGCGAAGCCUUCAUGCCCCACUCCGACUCGCACGUCGGGCUUUCUAUCCGCGGCGGGCGUCUCAACCCUUCCCUUCACGGCGGGGGGUCUCUGCACGGCGGCGCAGACUCCACGCACCACAGCCGAGUCAGCUACAUCGACCUGUCCGUCGAUCCUUCCGGGGGGGGCUCCGCGCAUGGGCGGCGGCCCCCGGGAGAAGCGUUCGCGCCCGUCCGACAUCACAUUAUUCAGUUCCCAAUGCACGUGCUGCAAGCGGAGAUUGGCGCCACGUCCGGGGGGGUGGCGCUGGAGCCGGAUAUAGUGUUGGACCACCCACGGUUCGACCUCCCCGGGAAGAAGUUGGUGCUGCCGCGGGCGGACGGGAAGGAUGACGUCAUCCCGCCGAUGGAGCGGGUGGAGGGAUGGGUUGCCAAUGACGCCAGGGUGCCGCUGGAGCAGCGGGGGUUGGACGGGCGGCAACUAGAGCGGGUUGGGCCGGAAAGCGGGGGCGCGCAUAAUGGGGCGCAGGUUGCGCCGGAAGAAGCCGGGCUCAGAACAGAUACCGUGGCACCGUCCAAUUCGAUGGAGGCUGAGGGCCAAGUCCAUGGCGCCAAUCUGGUCCAGGCUACGACUGUCGGCGACAACUCAGUCCACGGAACAUUGUAAGCCCUAGCGAAGGGGGAUGCUUAUUCACGGCUUUAGUCAUAUUAGUCAACGAGAGUUCGGUCACAGGGUUUGUGUUUGAUAGACAUCGUGCCAAUUUGAACGUGCACCGAGGCUCGAGUCAGCACGAGGCAGAUUUUUUGCAAGUGCCCAAACGGGCAGAAGACAAGAAGUUGCAGUCUUGCAAUCGCGUGUAGAGUUUUGUUAGCGGCGAGGCGAAUUCCAGGGACGUGCUUGAAUUUUGUUCAUCGGUUGAGCUUAGCGAAAGCUUGCGCGGGUUGGUCAUGAUGAGUGAGAUAGUCCUAUUGUCAUUCCCCUACAACGUUCUUGCCCAAUCUUGAUUGCAAACUUGAGUAUACCGUUUGGAUGUCUGAAGCAGCAGGCUUGGAUUGAAGAGGCUAGCAUUUUGCAGCGCUGCCAUCCCCAGUCAUGUGUGCCGCCAGCGGGCAAAUUCAUUUGAACGGCCGGACAUGAGCAUUGGACAGGGAUCUCAAACAAAGUUUACCUGUCCACACAAGAACAGUCAUUGGGAAUAAUGGGAACAGUGGGGACAUUAGGAAUAGUAAAUCAG